AUGGGCCUGGCCCGAUACCGCAGUCUCCCAAGCCCAUCCACCAUCCUCUGCAAAGAGCCGUUGCUCCGGCUAGCCAACCCCGCGCCCACCACCUCCCACUCCACCAACUUGUCCGCCAGCUCCCAGGAGCUCUCCCCCACAUUCCCGCCGCCCCAUGCGAACCCGAGCUCUGUGCACCACCACCACCAGAGCUACCAACGCCCUCGUCUCUGCUACACAACCAACCGCGGCGUCCCCGCCAGACACCCGCCGCCUCUCCUUGCAAUCAUGAAUCCCGCAGCCGAGGCCAUCGCGUCCACCUUUCGGGACGUGCCUCCCGAGUCCCACGGCCCCAUGUGGGAGACCCUGUGGACCCGAAACCUCACCCCCUGGGACCGCGCUGGCCCGAGCAUGCCCUUGCACGACCUCCUCGCCGACAAGUCUGAGCUCCUCGGCGCCGCCGCUCCCGGCAACAAGGGCCGCCAGGGACGCAAAACGGCCCUCGUCCCCGGCUGCGGCAAAGGUCACGACGUCCUUCUCCUCUCGUCAUGGGGCUACGACGUCGUCGGCCUUGAUCUGGCCGAGACGGCGCUCAAGGAGGCCCGCGAGAAUGCCGAGGCCGUCAAGAACGACGAGGCCUACAAGCUCCAGGACGGCCACUCCAAGUUUGACCUCAUCUUUGACUUCACCUUCUCCUGCGCCCUUCCUAUGCCCCUGAGGCCCAAAUGGGCCGCUCGCCAGGCCGAGCUUCUCGGACCCGAAGGCCGGCUCGUCAUCCUCCAAUUCCCCAACGGCAAGCCCUUAUCCCUCCAAGGUCCGCCCUGGGGCGUCAACUCCGAUAUGUACCUAGCCCUGCUAUCCCGACCGGGCGAAGAAAUCGAUAUCGAUGAAGACGGCCAGGUCCGCCAUCCUGACAAGAUUGAGAGAGCGGAAGGGGGCCUUCGACGGGUAGACUUGUACGCGCCGAAGCGGACGCACACUAUUGGGGUGGCCGAAGAUGGCACGAUAACGGACCGCGUGUCGAUAUGGGCCCACUAA